UUUAGGAUGAGACGAAAGCGGAAGACAUGUUUUCUGUUUACCACGGUUUCCAUUAGAUUCUAUAGCCACUAAAUCAGAUUCUAAUGUCAGUCAGACGUUACAGAAACAUCGUCAAAUUGGAGACAAAACCCAUGUUGAUGACUUAAUUUAAGGUUUAGAUUUAGCAUCAGAUUAACAAUAUUAUUAUUUAGGCGGGGUUUACUGCUGUAGUUAUAGAUGAUAACGACCGUUACACCUCAGAGACAAGCUGGAGCAGAUACAUUAUAUAAUUUUGGGAUUGCGUCCAAAGCGCUAACAAAGUAAUUAUUGGUGGGGAAUUGAAUACCAAGAUGCACCAUUCCAUUGUCCCAGACAAUUCUCAACCAGCCCUCCCACGAUGCACCACUUGCUGCAGAUUGUUCCACUGUCCACUUUGUCCUUACUUUCUGCCGACCGCCCUCUCAAGAUUAAAGCGUCACAUAGAUGUGCAUCUUAAAAAUGCAUUGUCCUUCAGAGGUAAAAAGAUUUGCAAAUGCCAUUUAGACUGCAGGCCAGAUGGCCAUUUUCACUGCCCCCAGUGUGAGAAGACUAUCAUUAGGAAAGAUACGAUGGCACACCACCUACUGUCGUGUGAAAAAGCUCCUGUUACCUCAUCCGAACUGGCCUCUGUUCACGCUGAAUCAUGCAACAACUCUGCAUCAUCCAACAAAUCAGUAUUGUCUAUACCUGCUACAUCCCUCUGUCCAAGCGUGAUCAGUAAAAAUUAUUUGGUACUGGAAAUGGAGCCUGAUAGAGACCCUGAGUGUAGAAAAUUAACAAACAAUUCCAAACAUUUCAUCAAUAUCGGAGAAGCUUUUUCCAGAUGGAGGGACUUCAAGGAGAGGAAAUCUUUGUCCACAGAUGCUGAAGUGGCUAUUUUCUUGCUUGAUGUUUCACAGGAGGUCCUGUCCUCACAGGAGAACAAGGGAACAUCCAGAGUAAGUGAACAGCUGGAGAACUGCGCUGAUCCAGGUCCCUCUAACGAGGGGAAAGUAUUCUACAUAGAGCAUGAAGAAUCUGACUGCCAGAGCUCUCAGAUGGACAGAGAAAUAGACCAGAAACAUUCAGCUUCCACUGGGAUUGCAGGGGUGUUGGGUUUGUGUGAGGUAGAGGCUGGCGGUUUGUGUGAGGUAGAGGCUGGCGGUUUGUGUGAGGUAGAGGCUGGCGGUUUGUGUGAGGUAGAGGCUGGCGGUUUGUGUGAGGUAGAGGGCGUAGAGAAAGCAAUGUUUAAAGCAGAGGGACCGAUGGAAUAUGCCUCAGAGUUUGACCGAGAGGAAGAGGAAACGGACCACCCAGGGGGGGGGGCACCUUGGCAGAAGCCUACAGGAGGGAUUCGUUUGGACAUCCCUGUGGAAGACGGCCAUGGAUCGUCUCCACCAUCUUCCCAGACAGACCAGCAGGGGUUAGUCGCUGGUCCCAGAGAACCAGGCAGCACCCAGCAGAAACCUCCCAUGAUCCUUUGUCCGGAAUGCGGUAUCCUGUACUCCACCCGGCUGCAGGAUUACCGACGGUGUGAACACAACUUCACAGUCUGCUGCCAAGAAUGUGGCAAGCUCUUCGUGAGCGAGUCUGGCCUCAUGCUGCACCAGAAGCUUCACAGCCAGGACUACUCAUUCCCUUGUAAGUUCUGCCUCCAGCCCUUCACGACGCGGCUGGACAAGCUGACUCAUGAGAAGGGCCACAGGUUCAAAGAGAAGGAGCCCCCCUACAGCUGCUCAGAGUGCACGCUCAAGUUUCACAACAUCCUUGUUCGGAGCCGUCACCUCAAAGAGCACAGGUCCAAGAGGCACAUCUGUCACGUGUGUUACAAGGAAUUCAACCAAGGUCGCCUUCUGGAGAGGCACGCGUGGACGCACAGUGACGUCAAGCCCUUCAAGUGCCAGGUGUGCCAGCGUUCCUUUGCUCAGGCCAGCAGGCUGAAGUCACAUGUGCGUGUCCACACUGGGAGGAGACCAUUUCAAUGUCGGCACUGUCACAAGAGCUUCAGCUACAACUUCAGCCUCAAGAACCACAUCCAACGGUACCACGGCCCAGACUCUGUGGUGCCGCCUGACGGAUUAGACAGGUUUAGGUUCUGGACAGAGUGCAGGGCUGGGCUGGGGGGGGGCGUAGUGAGACAGAGGAAACCUCUUCAACAGGUGGAGCUGGCAUUCCGGACGGCAUGGCCAGAAGCAGAUAGAGAGGAUGGUCAGCAGUGGAAAAAGAAGUGUCUCUCCAGUGAUGAACCCCUUGCGAAAGAGCACCAUUCCAUUGUUCCGGAUAAUUCUCAACCGUCACUCCCAAGAUGCACCACUUGCUGCAAAUUGUUCCACUGUCCACUUUGUCUUCAGUUUAAACCGACUGCUCUCUCAAGAUUAAAGCGUCAUAUAAAUGUGCAUUUAAAAAAUGCAUUGUCUUUCAAAGGUAAGAAGAUUUGCAAAUGCAAUUUGCUCUGUAGGACAGUUGGACAUUUUCAUUGCCCCAAGUGUAAGAGAACUAUUAUCAGGAAGAAUACCAUGGCACGCCACUUACUGACAUGUCAAGACGCCUCAGCUGAUGUUACCUCAUCUGAACUGGCCUCCAUCCCACACCACGAUGCCUGGAAAGAAGGGGCAUUCCUUGACUGUUAGGAAACGCCCCCUGGACAGUUCAGGAUGCUGCAGUCAGACCAAAUAGCUUAAAAUCGAUGUCUCUGUUCAUAAUUAUACAUGUUAUUAAACAAAGAAUAUAAGUUAUUGUAUAAGAAAAACACUUUAAUUUUUACACAGUUCUGAUGAGAGGCAUUAGCUGUGGAUCUGUAUAUUUUGGAAUUAAGCAUCACAUUAAAGAUCCAGAAGCUUCUGUGUGAGUUUCUCCAAUCCAGGCAGCUGGGGAAUCCCAAGUAUGAACUGUAUUAGCUGAAUGCUAUGGUAACACACGGCAAUACAUUCCUAUUGAAAGGCCUUGACAAUAGAAGACCUGAGUCAGGAUGUCUUACCACAUCCCACCAGUGGGGGCACUGCACCACUGUCAACUUUAAUCCUGUUACGUUGCUGGCAAGUUCUCGAAUAAGUGAUAGAUCUGCAUUCUGAUUAGUGAUUUAAGUGGGAAAUGUAAAUGCAUUUGAGCCUGUUUGCACAUUUUCCCUAGCUUACAUUCCACUCCCUUUACUCCAUUAGAAGUUGUAUUAUGUUUACUGAAUAGGUUGGUGCUGGAGACUCAGUGUAUUUCACGGCUGUUGUGGCAUUACUGUGCAUUGCUGCUUGUAAUGGCAGAAGAGGUGGAGAUGAAAUAAAGUAUUUGCAUCCAUCAUAAGGUUUGAUCCAAACCGCUCCAAACUACAACUUUCAGAGUUUGCCGGCAUAAAUACUUCUGAAAUCAUCAAGUCAAACAAGAAGCCUGUUUUCCAAAUGCACAUGCUCAUGAUGUCGGCAGCAGAGUGGAGC